AAAGAAAAAAAGAAGCUUUGGCGGCAUCUAACCUCCCGACCAGGGAGCUGGGUCCAGGGCCUUUGUUGGUCACAGCACCUCAUUGGGGUGAUGCUGCCCAGUGUGUGAAGUGAUUGCAUGACUGUCUUUACACUCAGCGGACUACACCGUACUCCCUUUUGUAGGAGGAUCCCAGAGGGCUAUCUCUACAGGGACCCAGCACCCACCCUGUGUGUCUGUGUGUCUCCUUCCAGUCUGCUGCUUUGGACACCUGUGAGCCAGAAUCCAGUCAAGCCUCCAGCUGCCUGUGCCAUGGAUCCCAAGGGCAGCAAUGGUUCAGAGCUCCAGGAUGAGCGCAUUACAGACUUGCUGGUGUUUGGCUUCCUUCAAAACUGCUCCAACUACAAUUUCCAAAAAGAGCUGCAGGGGUUGGGCCAUGACCUAUAUGUGCCAGCUUGCCUACGGGAAAACCAUGAUGAUGAACUGCAGACCGAUGGCAGCCAGUACAGCCACUUUGUCCUAGAAGGCCAGGAGACAGAUUCUGAGAGUCAAGACGAAAUCAUCCAGAAUAUCGCCAGGCAACUUGCCCAUAUAGGGGACAGGAUGGACCGCAGAAUCCCCCCAAGACUGGUGAAUCACCUGGCAAUACAGUUUAUGAAUGGGAACCUGUCAGAGGAAGACAGAAGGGAGUGCCUUGCUGCUGCCCUGGAGCAGGUCAUGCAGACUUACCCUAAAGACAUGGAGAAGGAGAAGACUAUGCUGAUGUUGACCAUGCUGUUGGCCAAAAAGGUGGCCGAUCACACACCAUCCUUGCUCCGUGAUGUCUUUCGCACAACAGUGAAUUUUAUUAAUCAGAACCUACUCACCUAUGUGAGAAACUUAGUCAGAAAUGUAAGAACCAGUGUUGUCAGCUCCUUGGCGUUUCACUAAAUCCUCUUGGUGUCUGCCUACUCCCUACAUCCAUUUCCCUCUAAGGUCAGGAAACUCAGCAGAGACCUCUGCUACUUUCCUCCCUUUCUUCUGCUUCUGAUGACCAAACCAUAAGGAAGGCUGUUAUAAACCUUCCUGUUCAGGCAAAAAGGCUUGGUUUUGCUUUCUUGAACAAGAAUGUUAUGUAAUAGGAGGUGGCAAUGAAAAAAAAAAGCUUUUGAGCUUUAUCAGCUUCAUUUCCUAAAAAAUGUAGUUUUUAAAAUUUAUUUCAGAGAGAAAGGGAGAGGGAAGAAAACAUCAAUGAUGAGAGAGAAUCAUUAAUUGGCUGCCACCUGCAUGCCCCCCACUCGGGAUCGAGCAUGCAACCUGGGCAUGUGCCCUGACCAGGAAUCAAACUGUGAUCUCCUGGUUCAUAGGUCGAUGCUCAACCAUUGAGCCAUGCUGGCUGGGCAGCCUCAUUUUUUUUUAAGAUUGCUACUGUCAUUGGGGGAAGGCUUAUUUCAUACUGCCCAUAGAAUUGUACUAGUGUGAUAUAGGUGGUAUAGACAGAGCAUGAAAGAAAGUGGCUGAGGGAUCCAAGCUGAGCAUGCCCAGAUCUGCUGUCAACUUCACCUUGUCACAAAAAUAAGUAUAAUUAAAUUCUUUAAAAACAUGCUUACAAAACAAACAAAUGAAAACAUGCUUACUAAGAAAGAUGAAGGUGAGAGAGACCAAAAGGAGAGAUAAAAAAGCAGGGAGGAGAGGUUAUCUAAAACCUGUCCCAGAAGACAUCUGUCCAUAACCAGGAUAUUAAGUCACAGUUCAUGAUGUUGCCCAAGAAGGCUAGACAGUCCUUAAUGUCUGCUGCUUCAGUUUCAGAGCCAACUGGAUGUUCAAUGGAUGUAUCUUUUCUCUAAAUUUGAACAUAUUAAUGAGUAUUUGGGAUUUUAUGUGUCAGAAGCAUUACUCAGGCAUCCAACCCUCUUAAAAUUAGUGAUAAACCUUAAAAGCUUUCUCGAUCUGCUUUGAACGUUAGUUAUACCAGCAUGUUGAAACAGGAGAAUGAAUAAAAAUCUCAAAUCAGGUAUUAAGCCAUGCUGAAUUGUUGGAAGCACGUACACCUGAGAAAGUUCCUAGACAGUGUUUAGCACCCACCACCCAAGGGGAGUAAAUGGGCAAGACAUCAACAGCAGUCUGUAUUAAUAGCUUACCAAAUACUGAACGGCUCAAACAGAAUCUUGAUUCCUUGGACCCAAGAUGUCUCUUGGCACCAUAAGUGACCCAAUAGAUGGGAAUAUCCACAUCUCAGCACCUUGAAAGUCUGUUUUUUGCAGUUGCUUUCAUGGAGCAAAACAUAGGAUGCAAGGAUAUAAGGAUGACAGGGCUCCAGAGAACAUGUUUCUGCAUAACCCCCAGUUUCACUUGUAUUUCUUAUGGCACUGGAGUUCUUAAAGGGCUGAAUUCUGACUUGUAAAUUAAAACAGCUAAUUUAGACUUUAGAAAAUGAUCAUCAAUAAAGCAGUAACAUCUAUUAAAUUAUAUGUGUGGAGCACUAAAAAACUCACAUGGGAGUUAACCCAAAUCUAUGGAGAUGGCAGUAAUAGAAACUGUAUUUUAGACGUGCUAAAUAAAUAUAUACUAAAGGUUUUAUGUUGGUUGGGAGAGGAGUUAUAGAUUAUAAUUAAUCCUUGAAGCCAAUCAGAAACUCAAAAGUUUUGGCAGAGACUGCUAGAUGCCCCCAAUAUCUGUCCUCCCUGUCUUCUGUAGUUAUAGGAUUUAUAACUGGGUCCUUUUGGUCUACAUAUCCCAGGUUCCUUUGUAAGCCAGGUGUGACCUGUAACUUUUGAUUAAAGAGAUGCAGGCAGACGUGAUAUAUACAUCUCUGUACUGUGUCCCUGAAGAGAAGGGGUCUGCCCUCUACUUCUCCCUUCCCCUGUCCACAGGUUGAAGUGUGCAUAAGGAUGUGGGUACACGUGAGGGCUUUAUCUUAGUGACAAGGAUCAGUAAGAUAGGCUCCUGGCUCCCAAGACUGAGGGUGCUGACUGCUGACAUAUAAUUAGAGAAAUAAACAAAUCUUGUUUAAGUCAUAUUUAGAUUACCUGUCAUAGAAGUUGAAUGUACAUUCUAAUAAAUGCAAUGUACAUUUGGUAAAAGUGAAGGGUGUAGAACUUCUAAUCAU